CGUUCGGACGCUCUUUACGUCUUUACGUCAACGUAACGGAUCUAUGACAAAAGCGAGCCGUGAGGUAGUGGUCCCCGAAACAUGUCUCUUCUCCCCCGGGUUGACAUGCUGAAGAUGACCGGGGAUGGGAACCUGCCUGCCGCCUAAACCAGCGAACUGCGUCACUGCAGCGACCCGACCGGAGCGUUAAGACACACAGCGGCGACAGGGCGCUUUAUUUAUUCAAGAGAAGAUGGCGGAGUUUUCGCCCGUCCUGCCGAUUCGGGAUGGAGGAGGACGAUUCGGCCAGCCCAUCUUCCCCCGGUCCAGGUCCGGUUCCGAGUCAGAGAGCGAACUGUCCCAGAGCCUGGCCCGGACCAAGAUCCGGUCGUACGGAAGCACAGCUAGCGUCACGGCCUCACUGGGGGAGAAAUACAUAGAGCAUCGGGUUACAGACAGUGACACCCUGCAGGGGAUCGCUCUCAAAUACGGUGUGACGAUGGAGCAAGUCAAGAGAGCCAACAAGCUGUUCAGCAAUGACUGCAUUUUCCUGAGGAACAGCCUCAACAUCCCCGUGGUGUCGGAGAAGCGCUACAUAUUUAAUGGACUGUCUCUGGAGUCUCCUGACGGGGACGGCGAAGCAGCGUGCCAGGAGGCGGACUCACCCAGUGUUGUGACGCAGGACAUCGAGGGACCCACACCUCCUCCUUCCCCGCCCCCCGCAGACUCCAAACCCCCCCAGCCAGAGGAGCUGUCAGCCAAAGACUUCUUACACAGACUGGACUUGCAAAUAAAACAGUCAAAGCAGGCAGCGCGCCGGCUGAAAGAAGAGGAAGUGAGGAGCGACGAGGACUACACAGCCCCCGCGACGUCAUAUCAGGAGAUUUAAAGGAAAAGUCUGUUUACCUGAAGCCCUGCCUCAGACACACAAAUGCUCACACACGCUGCAUACGUCCACACACGCACACACACACAUGCGCAGACACACACACACACACACACACUACCACAGCCUCAUCCCUGUUUUUUCCCUCCUCUUUACCUUUUUGCUUUUACCAAACCAUGUUGAACAAAAGUGUCAUGUUUGCCUUUUAUUUAUUGAUAUGCAAUUAUGAUGAUGUACAUGAUUGUUGUUGUCCUGUACAGUUUUACUGGGAGACUUAAAGGGACAGUUCACCCCAAAAACAAAAUGUAUAAUUUUUCUCUUAUCGCUCUGGACAUAUCAUCCGUAAAUUUUAGAGCCUGCCCGACAUGUUAGUUGGCCUCUCACAGAUGUAGCUGCGUCCAUUCUUUUUGAGUUUGUUUAAGAGAUAAAAUGCCAGGUUUAAUGUUUCAGUACACUGAUGUCAUUGUAGAUAAUUUAGUUUGUUGUUAAAACUGCCUCUAUAACAUAUCUUUGUCACAACCACAUUUCAGGGAUAAUUCUAAUUCUAUAUCAGAAAUUGUGACUCUAAUAUUGGCAUCGGUUCUAAAAAUGCCGGUCGAGCUCUAGCAGAGAUUUCCUCCUUCUCUCUAAUAUAAUGGAACAGGACGGCACUUUGCUUGUUGGGCUCGAAGCACCAAAAAAUACAUUUUUAAAAACUCAUCAGCAAAGCCUCUUUCCAGAAAUCAUGACCCAGUUACUGGAGAUAUGCAACAGAUCCUGUUGUGAGCAGUUUACAGUAGGAAUGUGACGGAGCACGAUGUAAACAUUAAUGGCCGUCUCCUCGGCUGAGCUGUAACCAUGAAUGUAAUAAAUGUAUUGUUACAAGCUCAGCUCAGCCUUGCUUGCGAUGUUUUUCAGUGGCCACUUGCGGUAUUGUAGUGAGACGUCUGUAAAACCGUUGAAAGGACACGUCGAUCCGCAAACAAGGACUGUUACAACCCUUCCAUAAUGAGUUUUUAUUCCACAGAGGUUUUGUACUUGAAAAAUGUUCUUUGGGUCAAGAAAAUAUAUCAAAAAAACAAACAUAUUUUGAGGGCCAUUAGAACAGGAAGUAAACCUGGAAGCUAGUUAACUUUUUUGGCGUAUGCACCAGUCAAGCAAUUCUGAUUGGACUGAAUUGGCGCCAUCUUUGCGUUCACUGGGUAGUUCUUUGUGACGUUAGCUUAGCAACCUAAUCUCUCGUCCAUGAGUAGAUGCAUGCUUCCUUCUGCUGGUGAGUUUGUUGACUGUUUUGUUUUUUGGGCCUUUUGAGUGACAUCUAGCUCCAUAGUAUUCCAGAGAAGGUGGUCAUCUCUACAGCCGAUAUAUUCAGAACUGUGCGACUCCCACUAAAACAAUCCAGAUUGAAAAAAACGUAUGUUUUAUUUUAGGGUGAACUAUCCCUUUAUAAUGUCUGAGCACACAUCCACUCAUCAUACGCCUCUGAAGCUGUUGUACAGAACCCACUUGCUGCAUACGUCCACACACACACAAACACACAAACACACACACAUGAUGCUAAGCAACUCCAGAAGGAUUAGCUUGUACAACUUGCUAACAGCUUCUGAUGUUCUAAAUCCCCUCCUAGAAUAGUAUCCAUGGAAAGUAUAUCCAGGCCUUCCUCAUCAGUGUUUACCCCGUACGAGCACUCCACAAUCAGAAGCAGUGGACGGACUCAAGCCUUCGAACAUUUGCCUCAUAGAAGCUUUUUUGUUUUUCUUUUGGAACAGAAAGGGACUGCUCUAUUUUCGAGGUGUGAAUGCAUUAUUUAUAUGUGUGGAGAACUGUCUAUUACAGCUGUUUUACUGUGCUUUAAAGUUCUAUUGGUUUUAUUUGGGAAUAUGAGAAUAAAUGUGUAUUUAAACCAGA